AGGCUCCCCCUCCGCAGCACGCCAUGGACAAGGUCGAGGAAGCAGCCUCAAAGGUGGCAGAUGCCAGCAAAACACUAGAGAAAAGGGUCGAGGAAAAGCUCAUACUCGUAUGGGAUGAGCUUUCGCCGUGGCAGCAGGACAACCACUACAUUCGAUCUGGUUACCGAGCACCGUCAAAUUCCUACUCAAAGUCGUGGAAGAGCCUUGGAUACUUGCACAACGAAACGGUCAACAUCUACACCCAUCUCGUCGGCGCCCUGCUGGCAGUCGUGGCCGGCAUCUCUCUGUACAUCAUACUGGAACCGCGAUACGAGACAGCAACAAGAGAGGACGUAUGGGCAUUCGGGUGCUACUUUGCCGGAGCAGUGGCCUGUCUCGGUAUGAGCGGCACGUACCAUACCAUUCAGAACCAUUCGCACGAGGUAGCAGUAUGGGGCAACAAGCUGGACUAUCUGGGCAUCGUGUUUUUGAUAUGGGGGAGCUUUGUGCCAGUGCUGUACUAUGCCUUCCGAGAUGAGCCCGAGCUGAGGAAAACAUAUUGGGCCAUGAUUACGACGCUGGCGGCAGGGACAUCGGUUGUGUCGACGCAUCCCAAGUUCCGCACGCCGGCUCUGAGGCCGUUCCGAGCGCUCAUGUUUGUGCUCAUGGGCCUCUCCGCCGUGUUUCCCGUCCUUCACGGGGCUCGGCUGUAUGGAGUCCAGCACCUGCGCAAGAGCAUUGGACUGAACUGGGUCUUGCUGCAGGGCGUGUUGUACAUUAGCGGUGCUGCCAUCUAUGCCGCCAGGGUGCCCGAGAAGUGGAGUCCAGGAAAAUACGACAUUUGGGGCUCUAGCCACCAGAUCUUCCAUGUGCUGGUCGUCCUGGCAGCCGCAAGCCAUCUCGUAGGACUCAUUCAGGCUUUUGAUUAUGAGCACGGCCAGAGAGUGGGCGAAAUGAAGGUUGCGCUGGGGAGCACGGGGCCAUAGCGCCUGGCCAUAUACGUAGCCGUAUUAUGUAGCGAUGGGAUGCGGCUGCGCAGUAGACAACGCGCGUUGGACUGGGUUCGGAUUUCGAGGGAAAAAAUGAACGCAUACAGCCGUAGAGGGCGAGUUCUCUGUGGUGUGCAGCGUCGCCUGGCUCGCUCUCCUUCUUCGGUGGGCUUCUAGAAUCUGCGCUUCAGCGCAAAAACGCAGCAAAAAAAGGCAGGACAGGGAUGUCUUGGGCGAUGCGAACGGCGCACAGACUGGCCGAUGACGCCGUGGCCCGAUCGGCCAGCCACCUU